CGUAUUUUCUUGUAGCGCUCUAAUAUGUGGCAUUUUAACACAGCUCUGAAGCCGUUGAUUUGAAACAAUCACGGUGUUAGAAAGCACAAAGAGACCUUUAGGAGAGGCACUGACCAUCAGCACAGAAUGGGGCCGUUAAAAUUGCAAUGGGGGCCAAGAUAUUACACAAAUCCCUCUGCUGUAUUGACCGGGAUGCUGGACGCUAUUUUAAAGUGGCUGUGUUGACGAAGAUCUAUUUAUUUUAAAGUGGGUCACGAUUAAAAUAGUGGGCAGAGCAAUGUAAUGGUCUUAUUAAUAAUCUUUCAGUGCUGUUAAAUUUGCAUUUCAUUGCGAGUUCAGUUACAAACCAGAAGGGUGGUUUAAUAUCUAGGCUAAAGUUUAAUUUGUACUGAUCUAUUGCUUGUAACAAUACGUCCAUAGCUUUCUUGAGGAUGUUGCACUGGGGAUAAAAGGCGGAUCCAAUCGCCAUUAACCGAGCCAAGAUUGCACAUCUAAUGGCGGAACUCUGAAGCAAUUUCGAGCGAGCUGUCAAAUCCCACCUUUUAUUCUACCUGAGGUCAACAUCUCUCCGCGCCAUCCGCAGACUGUGAAGUGGGAGCUACAAGAGCAAGGUUCCCCGCUCGGACCAACUGGAUGGUGUUGCCCGAGGGUUGGGCGUGAGAUGCUUCCUGUGAACUAGAAUGCGCCUGUCAUGAAGAAGACUGCUGAACAUCACACUCAUUAUAACAGAUCACUCCGUUAAGCUGCUGUGUGUGGGCUGGAUCUAUCACAAACAGACCGAGGGAGAGCUGCAGGCUGUUGCUCUGAGCAGGAGGAGGCGCGGCACCUGCGCGCACCCGGAACUGACGGGAGCGCGCCUGGAGAUCCAAGCCAAAAUUGAGACAGCUCAGGCGAGGGGUGUAUGUAACAUUGUCCCCAUCCUCACAUACACAUACAACAACAAAAAAAAUCCUGUCCUGUUCAAGAAAAGAAAAAUGCCGGUUGGAUUACUGGCCCCUUUUGUAAAAUCCGCGACUGUACGCCCCAACCUGCGCCCGCCAAUAUCUUCGCUACAUUUGCCCCGAAUCGUGUAACAGCGCUGAAAAAUUCCGACACUUACCUGGGCGUACUGUAACCUGCAGGAGUGAUCACAUUCAGAGACAAAGGACGAUGCUGCUGGCCGUGCUGUGCCUGCUGUCUGGAUGGGUGCUUGCCGCUGGGGGAUGCCCGGAGCGCUGCGUGUGCCAGGAUAAAUAUUCGCAGCAGUUCGCUGACUGCGCCUACAAGGAAUUCGCGGCGGUGCCAGCGGGGCUGCCCCCGAACGUGACCACCCUGAGCCUGUCGGCCAACCGGAUCGGCUCGCUGCUGCGCUCCUCGUUCGCCGGCCUGGCUCAGGUCGCCUCCCUGUGGCUGGCUCACAACGGACUGAGCCGGGUAGAGGAGGGGGCCCUGGCGCCGCUUCGGCCCCUCAAGAACCUGGACCUGAGCCACAACCGGCUGAGCACCUUCCCCUGGGGGGACCUGGCCAACCUGAGCUCGCUGCAACUCCUCAAGAUGAACCAUAACUUACUGAGCAGCCUCCCCCUGACCGCUUUCUCCGGGCUCCGGGACCUGCGCUCCCUCCGCAUUAACAAUAACCAAUUCUACACCCUCCAGGAAGGGGUUUUUCAGCCCCUCAGCUCCCUAUCCCACCUGCAGAUCUACAGCAACCCGUUCUCCUGCGGGUGCCGCCUGCUGUGGUUGAAGAGCUGGAUCCUCGACGCUCUCAUCUCCAUCCCCGAGAGGCAGAGCAUCCAGUGCUCGGAUCCUCCCGAGCUCAAGGGCUCCCCGGUGGUGGAGCUGCCCGAGUUACAAUGCAGCUCCCCCUCGGUCACCGUCAGCUCUCAGCCCGGCACCGGGCCCAGCUCGGUUUUCCCAGCCGGUACCAGCCUCGCCCUGCAUUGCACGGCCACCGGGAAUCCUCCCCCCAGCCUGCGCUGGACGCUGCGGCCGUUCGGCCGGAGCCAGGAGCUGAGCCCCGGAGACGGGAAGGGGGAAGGGGCCGGGGAGGUGUCGGUGUUGAAGAACGGCACGCUCCUCCUGCCCAGGCUCCAGAAGGGCCAGGAGGGUCGUUAUAGCUGCGUGGCCACUAACUCGGUGGGCAGUAACCAGUCCUCCCUGGAAAUCAGGGUUAGCAGGCCUGCCCCAAAACAGGUGCCCGGGCUUAGGGUCGAGCCGGGCAACAGCGUAUUAAAGCCCGAGAGAACCUCCCUCCCGGAUUCCCCCGCCUCCACCCCAAGACCCGGAGGGACCACCGCCCCCCCCAGCCUCUCCGGCCAGAAUUGCUCCCCUCACCCGGGCACCCACUUCACCUCCAACCAUGCCUUCAACCGCAGCUCCUCCAUGAAAGAGCACAUCUUCGAUUUCGGCCUCAUCGCCUUGGAGGUGACCGAGACAGACGCCAGGGUCCAGCUCACCCCUUUCCAGAGCUCCCCGGGCCCCAGCAAGCUGCGUAUGCUCUACCUGUGCGCGGAGGAGAGGGGCCGAGCGGCCGCCGUGGUGCAGUGGUCGAUGAUAGAGAGCGGGGUGAACUCGUACCGUUUCCAGGGUCUGAGGCCCGGUACCAACUACAGUCUGUGCCUGACCUCCCGCGGCCAAGAAUGCCGAGUGCAAGUCGCCUUCAGCACCAGGAGGAAGAUUCCGUCGCUGCUCAUCAUGGUGGUGGUGAGCUGCUUCCUGCUGGCGCUAGCUACUGUGCCGCUCCUGGGUGCCAGUUGCUGCCAUCUCCUUUACAAAUACCAGGGGAAGACCUACAAGCUGAUCAUGAAGAGCCAGGGCCCCGGGGAGCUGCAGGGAGGGGACGCAACCGGCGCUUUCCCCGGCUCUGAGAAGCUGUACCCAGCCAGCGAAGAGGAUGCCAGCGAGGUGCCCGAAUCCCUAGCCGGCUCGCAGGGCAAAGUGAACGCCCAGGAGGAGUUCGAAGCGGGCUCCGAGUACAGCGACCGCUUACCCCUGGGCGCCGAGGCUGUCACCAUCAGCCCGGAGAUCAACGGGAACUACCGGCGUCCGGUGCGCUGAUUCCCGGGCCGGCAAGGCAGGAGGUAAAAAAAAUCGCGGAGCAAAAAAAAACAACCCCACAAGCGUGAAGAACAGAAAACACCCAGGCGUUAGGAACCCACCCACCCUCCAUUCCAGGAGGCUUUGCAACAGAUAACUCUUUCACUCUUCUUUCUGCUACGAAUAUUUGACAAGUCACACGCAAAACUGUAAUCCUGGUAUUUCUAAGAGAAAAUAAAAUUUCGGAAAUCCACAGGAAAAUUUCCCAACUGGGAGUGAAAUGCAACGACAGCAGUUUUGGAGGACAGACCUGGACAUAUUUGCCGUACUGUUCAAAAUCUCUGGGUGCUUCAUUGACAGAACCACCGCAUUAUCCCUUCGUCGUCCUGUCAUCCCUGAGCAGCAUGCAUCCCAUUCCCAAAACUAUCCACUUUCCUUUGAAUACCCCCUUUCUCCACCCACCCCCCACCUGUGAGCGUGAUCUGUGUUACCUUGUUGGUGUUUGCUAAUGCAGUGUUGUAAAGUGACAUCCUGAAAACUGAGCACUACAGCAUUUCAUUUCCCCUUUGCUGGAGGAACUAAAGUUUAUGUUAAAGAGAUCAGUUCAUUUUAUAUACCAGUGAUGUUUUGCACAGAGUGCAUUCAUGUUAAUAAAAAAGGGGGGCAGUCGUGUUGUUUUAAGGGGGAAGGGGUGGCUUAGGGUCAGAGGGAUAUAUUGAAAUUGAGAGAUCUAUGGGGUCUGAUGUGUGUGUGUGCGUGUGUGUGGUGUCAUCUUUAACAUUGAUCGCCUCCCACUCACCUCUUUUUGAUAGAGGUCUGUCUCUGUGUUCAAUAAAUUUAAAUCAAAAAGCAAAA